CUUGUACAUGCGUUUGAAACGCUCGCACUGAGCGCAUCCAUAGGCCGGCGUAACGGCGGGAGCAAAUAGGUGCUGAGAGGCGGCCCAAGAUGGCGGAUACGUCCAUCUUUGAAGUCGCGCGUGCGACACACGAGGAGAUCGAGCGGUAUGAGCAGGCUGCGGUCGAUCUGCUCAUGUCCUCGUCCUCCUCAUCAACGCUGGGGCACAAGGAGCAUCUUAAGCGCGAUCACAAGAUCUCUGAGCUGCUGGAUCGAAUCGUCAGUCGGAAGCAGUACCUCAAGGAGCUAUAUGCCGACGUCAAUGGCGAAAGGACUCGCGAGCUUGAGCAGCUCUCCUCGACCACCAUUUCUGGUGCUGUCGACCCGUUUGGCGAGUUCUACAAACGGCUCAACAGGAUCAAAGACUACCACCGCAAGUAUCCUCAAGCCGCGCCCGAAACUUUCGUCGUGGAUUUCACAUCGCUAGAGUCUUCCUCGGGUUUGCCUAGCGAAGGGGCCAGCGGCAGCGCAGAGAUUGCCGCCGCCGCAGCUGGCCUGGGUGGCCUUGACUUUGUCGACCGCAUGUUCUCAGGCGAGGAGUCAUCUGGUCGAUUCAUGGACCUGUACACGCAGCAUGAUAUGUACAUGAACCUUAAGGGUGUCAAGCGGCUACCCUACGUGGUAUACCUCGAUCACUUCGACAAGCUCUCCGGCGAGGAGUCCCGGAUACCUCACGAGGCUAAACGGACUGAAGCAUAUCGCAAGUAUCUCAGCUCUCUUAAGUCGUACCUUGCAACUUUUUUGCGCAAGACGCGCCCUCUCGAAGAUGUGGAUGUGGUGGAAGAGCGAGCACUGGCCACAUUCGAAGAAGAUUGGGCGGCUGGCACAGUGCCUGGGUUGGGCAAAGAUGUACAGCCCACGGCCGCGUCAGAAUCAAAGGCUGCUAUGGCUGGAAAUGCUAUGAGCAUAGAUGGUCAAGGCAUCUGGUGCGAAGCGUGCAGACGCUUUUACUCGAAGCAGACAGUCUACGACGCUCAUCUCAAGUCUCCUAAGCACCAAAAAGCAGCAGGACGACUAGCUGCGGCUGCUGGUGCAGACACGAAUGGCGAGGGAAAUUCUAAUGGUUCAGGAGUCGGUAAAAGCAAACAAACAUCUGGUGCAGGCUCAGACGAAAAGGUAAAGAUAACAGUGCGCCUAGAGCUGCUAGUGCAAGCAUAUGCAAAGGAGCUCGACUCCAUUCGCAACGAGACCAAGUCAAACGUUGAGCGACGUGCAGCCCUGACAGAACGCGAGCGUCAAGCGGAAGCGGAGCGCGCAGAGGAGGAAGCGAAUAAUCCCGACGCAGCUGGAGCGGCCGAGUCGGCCGUAGCUGCCGUCGACGAAGACGGAGAGGACAACGAGAAGAUUUACAACCCAUUACGAUUACCUCUCGGGUGGGACGGUAAGCCAAUCCCGUAUUGGCUGUACAAACUUCACGGACUCGGGGUCGACUAUAAGUGCGAGAUUUGCUCGGACUAUGUCUAUCAAGGGCGGAAGAACUUUGAGAAGCAUUUCCAAGAGAGUCGACAUGCUUUUGGCAUGCGAGCUCUCGGCUUGCCAAACACAAAGCAUUUCCAUGAAAUUACCAAAAUACCCGAUGCGCUGGCUUUGGCCGAUAAACUCAAGAAGCAAGGACGCGCACUGGCGGAGGAGCAGGGAGAUGCAGAGGAGGUCGAAGACGAGCACGGAAAUACGUAUUCGCGCAAGACGUAUGACAUGAUGAAGAGACAAGGGCUGCUCUGAAGGCUUAGUCCUUCAUGUAUUAUGCUACAAAAGCACGUCUGACUCGCAUUGUC